AUGGCUGAAAACUUGAAGAAAAGCUACUUUGAGGUGUUGGGUCUUUGCUGUGCAUCAGAGGUAACAUUGGUUGAGAGGAUUCUGAAAUCGCUCAAUGGGGUCAAAGAAAUUUCAGUGAUCCUACCGACAAAAACGUUAAUUGUUGUCCAUGACACUGUUUUCAUAUCUGAGAUUCAAGUCGUUGACGCACUGAAUAAAGCAAGGCUGGAAGCUACUGUUAGACCACAGGAAGAGAGCAAUUUCCAGAACAGAUGGCCAGCCCCAUCUACAAUGGUUUGUGGCUUAUUACUUGCACUGUCCUUUUUGAAGUAUAUUUAUCAUCCAUUGGGAUGGUUGGCUCUUGCUGCGGUUAUUGUUGGCCUCCCCACACUCGUAUUGAGAAGCAUAGCAUCCAUCCGAAACCUUACUCUCAACAUCAACAUUCUUGUUCUCAUGGCAGUGGUGGGGACGCUUGCUCUACAAGAUUAUUGGGAAGCUGGUACUGUUGUCUUUCUGUACUCGAUUGCUCAGUGGCUUGAGUCAAGAGCAAGUUACAAGGCUAUGGCUACAAUGUCAUCUUUAAUGAGCAUGGCUCCUCAAAAAGCCACAAUAGCUGAAACUGGAGAACAUGUUGAUGUCAAUGUUGUUGAGUUGGACACAGUCCUUGCAGUCAAAGCUGGCAAUGUUAUUCCCCUUGAUGGAGUUGUUGUGGAGGGGAAAUGUGAAGUUGAUGAAAAGAUGCUGACUGGAGAAUCAUUUCCCGUCACCAAAGAAUUGUAUUCACCUGUUUUAGCUGGCACUAUCAACAUAAAUGGUUAUAUUAAUUUAAAAACUACAGCUUUAGCAAAAGACUCUGUUGUGGCAAGAAUGGCAAAGCUAGUGGAAGAGGCCCACAACAAGAAGUCUAAAACUCAGAGAUUCAUAGACAAUUGUGCAAAGUACUAUAUUCCCGUAGUUAUGCUAAUAUCAUGUGCCCUUGCUGUGAUUCCGGCCGCACUCAGACUUCCUAACGAAGAUAAAUGGUUUCAUCUCGCAAUAGUAGUGCUUGUAAGUACGUGUCCAUGUGCACUUAUCCUCUCUACGCCUGUUGCAAUUUUUUGUGCACUUUCAAAGGCUGCAACAAAUGGACUUCUAGUCAAAGGUGGAGAUUAUCUUGAAAUUCUUGCAAGGGUUAAGAUUGCAGCUUUUGACAAAACUGGGACAAUAACAAGGGGAGAGUUUGUAGUGACGGAUUUUCGGGCUAUUAAUGAUGAUGUUAGCUUGAGCACAUUGCUCCACUGGGUUUCAAGCAUUGAGAGUAAAUCAAGUCACCCAAUGGCAGCUGCACUUGUUGACCAUGCACGAUUACACUCCAUUGAGCCAAAGCCUGAGAAUGUGGAAGACUUUCAAAACUUUCCUGGUGAAGGAGUGUUCGGGAAAAUUGACGGUCAUGAUAUCUAUAUUGGAAACAGGAGAAUUGGUUUAAGAUCUGGGCAUGGGACAGUAGGAUCUCAUAAGAUGAAAGGAAAUACAGAUGGUUAUGUAUAUUCUGGAACAACUCUAGUUGGAAUAUUCAGCCUCUCUGAUAGUUGUCGAUCUGGGGCCAUGGAGGCAAUUGAAGAGAUGACGUCGUUGGGGAUCAAAUCUGUCAUGCUUACAGGCGAUAGUCAUACUGCAGCCAUGCUUGCACAAGAUCAGCUCAACCAUGCUCUCGAUGUUAUCCACUCAGAGCUUCUACCUGCAGACAAGGCACGAAUAAUUGAGGACUAUAAGAAGGAAGGUCCAACAGUCAUGAUUGGGGAUGGCAUGAAUGAUGCUCCUGCAUUAGCUACAGCCGAUGUUGGCAUCUCAAUGGGAAUUUCAGGUUCAGCACUCGCAAUGGAGACAGGGCAUGUAAUUCUCAUGUCAAACGACAUCCGAAAGAUACCAAAAGCCAUUCAACUUGCAAGAAGAACACUUAGGAAACUCAUUGAGAAUGUCAUAAUAUCCAUCAGUACUAAAGGUGCUAUCCUAGCUUUGGCCUUUGCGGGUUAUCCGCUGAUUUGGGCAGCAGUUCUCACUGAUGUUGGGACAUGCUUGAUCGUAAUUUUGAACAGCAUGCUACUGUUGCAAGAGACAUCAAAAUCUCAUGAAGACUUUGCAAGAUCCAGCUAUGGCACUUUCACUACGACCUCAUCUCUGAAGGAAAAAAGCACAACUGCUGUUGGUGGUAAAGGUACUUAUGAUGGAGGUUAUCAUAUCCCUGAGGCAAAGAUAUGCAAUGACAGAUGCCGAUGCUGUAAGAAAGUCAUUCAUUAUGUGGAGUCUCCAAGUGUAAGCAAUCCUACAGAUGACUCUGGACUUCUCGGUGUUAACUUACUGGGGAAACACCAAAUAACAAACUUGGUUGGCAGACAAGGAGGAGGCAACAGCAAAUUCCAAACAGUAAAGCAGUGCAGUGAUGGAUGUGGUGAUAAAGGCCCAAAUAACGUGAGAAAUUGUGGUCAUUCUGAUGGAGUUGAAUUGGACAAUGAUGCGUGUACUUGCCUAUUGCCUAGACAUGAAUUGGAACCAUGCAACAAUGUUGCAUCAACUGGCAAAGGUUGCUCUAACUGUACAGAAAUCAAUUGCAAGUAUGACAAUUUUGAAGACAUAUUAGAAGCGUCUAGUAAAGUUUGUUAUCCCCAAAACAGUGAAGUUCAAUCUCAGCAAAGGAAAUGCUGCAGCGGAUGUGGUGUAGCACAGGGUGCAACCAUUAUUAAUACUGCCUCUACCACCGCUGGCCUGGAGAUAUCUAUUGUCACUGAUGCUUCUAUGAUUGCAAAGAUCAAAGAGUGUUGCAAGCGGUCAGGGGAGCAAUGCUGUGGUAAGCAUGAGAGGCAAUGUGGAGCUGGUUUUGUGGACAGCUUAUCAGAAAUUGUGAUUAAUUAG